CCCUUCACCCUCUUUAUAUUAAUUUUGAAUUUAAGGAACACAGACUUUCUUUAAUCUUGGUAUGCUUUAUAAAAAUUAGUUCUUGGUGCAAAAACUUACUAUAUGAAGAAAAAAAGAAAAAGUGAUAUUGUUGUAAUUUUUUUAUCAUUAUAUACUGUGUUUAUUAUUUAUGUCAUUCUAAUAGACACUUAAUAUAUGUUUGAUAUAAUAGUCAUGUAAUACUGUAAAAGUAAGAUGGCCAUAACUCUACAGGUGGAGAUGAAUCACGAAGGUCAGAGGGAAGCCAGAGGCCCAACCGCAGCCUCUAAGAGAGGACACAAGACUCGCAAGAUGCACCGAUGUAUCUAUUGUCCCUAUGCCAGUCAUUUCAUAACAAAUUACCGGAAACACAUGUCAACCCAUACUGGGGAAAAGCCCUAUGCCUGUCAUUACUGUCCAUAUCGUUCUAAUGCAAGAGAUCACCUCUAUCGUCACAUGCAAAGGCAUACGGGAGUCAAGCCCUUCAGAUGUUCCUUUUGCCCUCUCUCAUGUGCAAGGAGAGUUGAUCUGAAUAACCACAUGCUUACUCAACAUGCACAUAGUAGCAUGGACAGACCACUGCCAGAUGUGGUGUGAGUUAGCUGGCUUGGAAGAAUGAUGAUGGAAAUGUUGGUGUGGUCUACUUGCUUAUGGUUAUUUUCAUAUCUGCUUAACUAUUUGUGCAGUAGGAGGAAACUUUUUUUACUGUUCUAAAAACUAGUCUGAUUGUGAUAUCAAGUUGGAAUACUACAAAGCACUUAGCAAGAUUUGGGAUUCUUUUUUUGGACACUUAGUAUUUUUCAAAUUUAAGCGCUACUUCAGGAGAUGCAUACAUACAUACAUACAUGUACAUGUACAACUUUGCAUUAAGAUACUGAAAUGUAUUAUGAUUAAUCAUGUUUAAUGAUUUAUUAAUCCUUCUCUUGUCUCUGAAAAAAACGAGUAUUAUGUGUUAUCAGUAACAAGAAAAUUCUAGGUAUAUUGAGAAUUUUAGUGGACUGUGUGGUAAAUUGUAACUCACUCUUUUGCUUCUAUACUGUAAUGAAUUAAUGUCAUGAAAAUGUUCAUAUUUUUAUAGAAAGAUAUCAGCUAUGAACAACAAUGUAGUGUAGAACAUAAUGUAAAUAGUCAUAAUAGUUGCCCAAAUGUUAUUCCCUAUUUGUUUUUGCAUUGAUUUCUCAAAGAAUAAUGAGUAAUUUAUAUCAUGUAACACAACAGGUCAGAAAGUAAACUCUUCACUUGUUACUAGUUUAGAUGCUUAAACCAAAAUACAUUGCCCUUCCCUUAUGUAAAAGCAUACCAAGCAUUUGACAUUUAAAUUAGUAUUUAUUUAAGAUUAGAGUUCUUAUCAAUUUGUUAAGUUUUAUUGUAAUGAUUUAUACUUUUUUCUUUACUUGUUUUCAGUUGAAUGAGUAAUAACUAUAAUGUGAAAUAGAUUUGUUUUUCUUUAAAU